AUGCAGGCUCUCAUAGAGGCAGACUUUCAACCCGUCGACAUCGAGCUCGGCCCUCCGAACAACGCGACCGCCCUCUGCAAACCCCACUCGCUCGAGAAAUGCACAGACUGCGACGUCGAUUUUUUCCUCCUCAACCGCAUCUCCAAAUUCCUCGUCUCAAAUCCAAACUUGCGCUGCCCGCCCCCGGCGCAGGUCCUCAACCAAGCGCUCUCGGGCGCCAUCAACGGCACGAAGGAAGAGGGAAACACGUUCUUCCGCACGCGCCAGCACGAAAAAGCCAUCGGCCGUUACACUCAAGCCGCCAACUAUGCGACCCAGCGCGCGCCCUGGGAGGCUCAGGGCGUCAUGCGCGAAGAGCUCUCCACCGUCCUCUCCAACCGCUCAGCCGCCUACUUCGAGGCCGGCGACUUCAUCAGCGCGCUCACCGACGCUGACGUCGUCAUCCAGCUCAAGAAGCCCUGGUCCAAGGGCCACUUCCGCAAGGCCAAGGCUCUGAUCGGGCUCAACCGUAUCAGGGAGGCGCGCGAGGCCAUCGAACUCGGGCUUCAGUUCGAGCCGCAGAAUCCAGUACGCAAUUUCUCAUCACCUACCAAAUACGUUUUGCUCACGAUCCGACCUAUAGGAGAUGAUUGGGGUCCUAAAUGA